UCUUCCUAUCGGUCUACUAGGCCAGCAUUUCCACCUAUAGAAAAAUGGACAGUGGCAAGUCUGAGGCAGGCACUGACCAACUCCGACAUCCAGGCCCCACGCAAGUUCACCAAAGCGGAAUUAUAUGAUUUAUACAAGAACCUCAAACCAAGUAAUCUCUCUCCUAAAACCACCCCAACCCAAAAGGCUGUUAAACAUUGCAGUAAACUUACGGUCACGCCUCGCCGGACUCCCCCACCUUCUUCCAGCUCCAAGAUUAGCUCCCGAAGAACAUCAAACAACGGCACUAGGCCAUCAGCAAGCCAAGGCCGUGCCCCGGAUUCGGUUGAUGCAAGGCCCGGCGAGGUUCCGGCGGCGGCCCAGCUUUCCGUCGCGGCUCCCUCCUCAGCGAUACCGAGGCCCACCACUCAAGCGGGCGUCUGGCCGCCUCCGCCACCAGUCUCGGCCCCGAUGCCCACCUCUCUCAGCGCAGAGCCCUCAGUCCAAGCAAGCGCUUGGCGCAAUGGCCGGCUUACACAGCCCCGCCACCGGCCUCUCUCAGCUCAGGGCCCGCAGCCCAAGCACGUGUUUGGCCGCACGGGCAGCCGCAUUCAGCCCCGCAGCCCGCCCCCUUCGGCCCGGGGAUUACAGCUCAAGCAAGCGCUUGGCCGCUGUGGCCUCCCCAUUCAGUCCCACAGCCUACUCCUUCCAGCUCAGGGAUCGCAGCCCAGGCAAACGCUUGGCCGCACGAGCUGCCAAACACAGCUCCGCCUCCAGCCCCCUACAACGCUCUCCUCCAAGCGAAACCAUCAUACUCACUCUUCACCGCCACACCCAUGCCUGUCCCCCCAAACGCCAUCGCCACGGAACCCCCACAAGUAGCUCACAACAUCCGAGCACAGAUUUUAGCAGAAAUUCAGGAUGCUGGCUCCAGAGGCGGACCAAAAUCCAACCCCAGUACCUCCAUAUUCAGAAUUAAUAUUUCCGUAAACCACCCAUUAAAACCUCUCCUUGAAGAUUCACUCGACACCAUCCUCCAGGCUGUCUCUCCCAGAACACUCCAAUCAUACGUAACAGCAUGGAGAUGCUUUAAGUCAUUCCACCUCUCUUACAACAUGCCAUUUCCAGAUUUUUCUCUACUCUCAAUAACCUCAUUUAUCUCUUUUCUCAACAGCAUCAAAGGCCUCCAAAUCAAUUCCAUCAAAAGUUACAUAAGCGGCAUCCAAUUUUUUCAUAAACUCAUGUACGGCGCUCCCUCACCCGAAAUUAGCAAUUCUCAAACCUCCAUGUUGAUCAGAGGAAUCCAACGAUCCCGGCCGACUCGUCCCGAUUCGAGACUACCCAUUACAUUAGACAUCCUCACCAAAUGUAUCCACUCCCUCCGCACAAAUUACCAGCCCCAUAAUACCGCCCGGACACUCGAUGCCAUGUUCA